AUGGCAUUCUCCGUUUUAAGAAGCAAUUUUUCAAUCUCGGAAACAUCGUUAAGAGGUCACUUUGGACUCCGGAGGUUGACCGUAGACAUUCCUUUGCAACUCACAAAGUCCGCACUCACAACCAUCCAAAUCCUUGCAAGGCGUUUUCAUUUGCACAAACUGCCAAGUGCCCCUGCCAUUGCUACGCAGAAAAUGCAUGGAAGCCACGCAGUGCGACCAAUUCCAGGCAUGCAGAACAAAGUAGAGAUGAAAUUUUUCACCUUACGAGGAGAUAGUAAUGAUGGGCUUGAGAGCAGCUUUGGUCGUCAUGGUAUGGUCAAACAGAUGGCGAACAAGCCAGACAUGGCAUCAACGUGACAAUGUCAUACCGUUAAUGACCGCCUUAAGUUGGUUCAAACUAAGAAGUCAUUCAUCAUUGAAGCACAAAUUUCAGCAAUUGCAGUAGCUCCUUUUUACUCGCAUUCUAAACAUUCUUACAAUUUUUUACUCGCAUUCCUAACAUUAUUUAAUUCAGAUUUUGAAAACCCUUAAACUGCAAUAAACACCACAAACCCCCCAACUUUUUCUGUUUAAAACUAAUACUAAAACCCAACCCCUCCAACAUAUUGCCCUUGGGAUGCUGCAGAAGAAUCAUGCUGCUUUUUGAUGGGGAAGCAUGAACCUGAGCUAGAUAUGGUUGUACGGUUUCCUUUGCAGUGUUAAGCCCAAGUCUGGCCAAGACUUGAAACCUCUCUCCCACUCACAUAUUCCCUCCCUUCGCCAAUAUUUUCAGGUCGCUUGCCAGGGGCUCCCUUCAACCCUAGCCUGGUUCCCUUCAACACUAUCUCUCCAGUCAUAAUACGGCUGCAUUUCCAUCUCUCCAGUCAUAAUACGGCUGCAUUUCCAUCUCUCUCCAUUGACUGCACAUCUUGACCACACAUGCAUGCUGUCUCUAGUAGUAGCAUUCAACCCCUAACGAACUUCUUCCGGCAGAUUUGUGUUGUGGUUGGAAACAAACGCACAAAAAAGCAGCACGAUCAUCACUGAAAAUUGAACAUGAAAACUCUCUCUAUUUUGUCUAAAUGCGUAUAACCUAAACUCCAAUCGAUUUACAUUGUGAAGGAACUCCAUAAAUAUAAUAUAAGUGGAACCCGAAUUGGCUUGCUUCCACUUACGAAAACAAAAUGUUCUGUUUCUCUUUCAAGAAGUAUGAAAGUGCAUGAAAAGGUAUGGAAGCUUAUUCAAAUUCUGUCCAUCCGCAGUUUCCAAGACUGCUAUAGAACGCUGGUUAACGUGGGUUCUAAUUCUCAAGCCAAAUUAGCAACCAUAUGUGUCGUGGCUGAGGUAGCAAGUUCCUUGAAGUAAGCGAAGAAUUACGCCCAAUGGAAGUAUAAGGCUUGAACAGAUGUAAUAUCUAGCAUGAAGGGGGACAAAGAUUACAUUGCAAGUUUCAAUCAAGAUAUCAAUCUGCCUACCAUGAUAUAGAUCAUGAGGAAAACGCAAGU